CAAACGAAAAAUCGAAAAAUCGAAAAUUCGCAACCCCGCCUCCUCGGCUCCUCUCCCCCCAACCCCCAAAACCCCAAAACGACGCCUAGAUCUCAUCGAUUCGGAGCUCAGGAUCUAAUCAGCAGCACCGCACUAGCGGCGAUGAUCCAGCUGCUGUUCGUUGUGGUGCUGGCGGAGGCGUCCGUGGCAGCGGCGCUGCUCUUCAAGACGCCGCUGCGGAAGCUCGCCGUGCUGGGCCUCGACCGCCUCAAGCGCGGCCGCCGCGCGCCCGUCGCCGUCAAGACGGUAGCGGGCGUCUUCCUCGCUCUUCUCGCCUCCACGCUCUACAGCAUGGCCGAGAUCAGCGGCCGCGCGUCCGACCCCGACUCCGGCGGUGGGCUCACGCCCACAGACCAGGUCCUCUUCUCGCGUCACCUCCUCGAGGCGUCCCUCAUGGGGUACACCUUGUUUCUUAUGCUAGUGAUCGACCGGCUUCACCAAUACAUCAGAGAUUUGCGUGGCUUCAAGAAGAACUUGGAGGCUGUAUCGAAGCAUAAUAACAUGUUGGAGGAAGCAAAAGUUGGAAUUUCAGAGGAGACAAAGAAGUACCAAGAAGAGAUUGCCAAUCUGAACAAGGAGAUGAAUAAACUGAAGCUACAAGUCCAAGAAAAGACUGAAGAGGUACAUGUUGCUGAGGAUAAGGCACUUGCUAUCCAAAAACAAUCUGAAGGCUUGCUGAUUGAAUAUGAUCGCCUGCUAGAGGACAACCAGCACCUUCGGAUACAGCUGCAGUCAAUUGAUCUCAGGCUUUCCAGUUCUUGAGAAAAGAAUAUUCAAGCAUGAGGAUAUUGGGAUGGUGAAUCUAGUGCUGUUGCAACAAAUUAUCUGUUGCAGUUUGGUAAGAAACAAUGUUUACUCUUUCAUGGGAUACUGAAGAAAUUAUUGUUGAUAGAUCAUUGGAUGUUAGCACCCAAAUAGCAUGCCAGUUAUCAGCUUUCUUACUUCUCAGUCUCAGUAUCUUUAAUGACUAUGUGUUGCAUUAUAUAUUGGUGCCAAUUUGUGCACAUAUUAUAUGGUCUAGCACUUUGGAGUUUCUCUUA